AUUCAUCCAUUAUUAUAUAGAAAAAAGAUAUUUUUGUUAUUGAAAUUGUAAUUUCUCUUAUUAAAUAAAAAUUAAUUUGUGUAAAUGGUGCACAUUAGUGGAAACCGUAAAUUAAUUAGUUUUUUUACAUUUUAAAAAUUAAAUAAUAAUUUUCCCUAAAACCUACAUUAUUCUCUCUCUCUCAACCCAAACAUAUUCCUAGUCUGUAACUCUCGCCCUCUCUCUCAACCUAAAUAAGCACCCAUCUCUCUCUCGGCGGUGGCGGUGCAGCAUAGCUGUCCGUCUGCAAAUCUUGAUGGCUUCCUCGUCUGGAAAGAGCGAUUACAGCAGAGAACUAAAUCCACCUGCGCUGAGGAAGUACAGUUACGAGGAACUAUCAAAGGCAACUCAACAUUUCUCCAACAAUAAUUGGCUGGGUUCAGGUGGUUUUGGUGAUGUCUUUAGAGGAUCACUUGACAGUGAAUGCGUUGCUAUCAAGAAACUUAAACACAAAAAGUAUGGAGAACCAGAGGAGAUCAAAUGCCAUAAACGAGUGAGUCAACCAAUUCUCGUCAAGCUCAUUGGCUAUUGCCAUGAAGGUGCAGAUAAAUUGCUUGUAUUAGAGUAUGUUCCCAACAAGACCUUGAGACAUCAUUUAGAUGAUAAUUGAAAAUCUUUAAGGGGAACUACGCUUUCACAGGGAAGUAUAUCUCUUGGUGUUGGUGCUUCUAUUGAUAUACAAACUGCACUUGGCAUUGAAAGCGUACAAAUUACUGAGCCAAGACGCUUCACUUAUGAAGAAUUAGCAAAUGCAUAGUAUUCAAGGGAUCCCUUGAAGAUAAUGUUAAAAUUGCAAUUAAGAAGUUUAAGCAUUCGGACAAAGAAAUCAUGAUCAGCAGAAGCAAUGAAUUUAAGAAGAAGAUUAUGGAAAUUAGUCGUUAUCUUGUAGAGCUACUUGGAUACUGCAGUGAAGGAUCCAAUCGAUUACUUGUUUAUGAGAUUGUUUCCAACAACUCCUUGCAAUUUCAUUUACAUGGAAAAGGAAAAUUCAAGAACAAUAUCCGUUGGGUAAUCAGAAUGAAAAUGGCCAUAGGUCAGCCUAAGUUGAUACAUGGAAAUAUGAAAUUGAAUAACAUUCUUCUCCAGGAAAACUUUGAACCAAAGAUUUCAGAUUAUUAUUAUCAUCGUUUUCCGUCUGUCUAUAAUGCAAACAGAAAUUUGGGCUAUGUAGCUCCUGAGUAUAUGAAUGAUGGAGAGAUUACUACUAAAUUUGAUGUCUUUUCCUUUGGGAUCAUACUUCUGCAAUUGAUUACUCUGUUGAAAACAAAGAUGGCAUUAGCAAUAACUUGUCUAUAUGGGCUGCGCCUCAACUCAAAAGAGCUGUAGAAGCAGAAAAUCAUGAUCUUACUGUAGAUCCCAGAUUGCAAAACCAAUACAAUAAAAGAGAAAUGAGGAGAGUGAUGUAUUGUGCCGCAUCAUGUGUGUACAAGCUUGCAGAUUAUCGCCCACAAAUGAGCCAGAUAGUUGGAGUCCUACAAGGAAACGUCACGGUGGAAAGCAUAUGGUCAAGCAAUGACAAUGUUAGGUUGUGGUUCAGAAAAAAAAAACGAAGAUUAGAAGUUUGUGGUUCAAACAAAUACCUAACAAAUUAACAUAC